AUGGACCAAAUCGCAAAGUUUGUCGAACCAGGCAAGCAAUUCGCUAAGGAUUCUAUAAGAUUGGUCAGAAGAUGUACAAAACCAGACAGAAAAGAAUUUCAAAAGAUUGCGAUUGCCACAGCCAUUGGAUUCUGCAUCAUGGGAUUCAUCGGUUUUUUCGUGAAGUUGAUCCAUAUUCCCAUUAACAACAUCAUUGUGGGAUCAUAG